AUGCAUAAAGGUUUUAAACCCCAAUUUGAACAAUUUGAUAAUCGAUUGAUUUUAGAUAAAAAUUCAAUAAAUCAUUUUAAACCUAUUCAAACCAAAAAAAAUUCUCGACCAAGAAUUAAUAAAUUAAAUAAAAAUGAACAAUUACUUCUGAAAGUAAGUUCUGAUAUUAGAAGAUCAUCAAUUCAAAAAAAUAAAAAAAUUGAAUAUUGUGAAAAAUCAUUGGAUGAAUUAUUUCAACAUUUUCAAAAAGUAAUGAACAUUGAAAAGCCAAUUAGAAAUGGAAAUUUAGAAAUGGGAAUUGAUUAUCAAUUAAAAGUUAAAAAUGAUUUAGAAAGUAAAUUAUUAGAUUUAUUUAUCCAUAGAUUAUCAAAAUCGAUUGAUAUUUUUUUACCAGAUGAAAUUUUCAAAAGAAUUAUACCAGAAUUAAGUCUUUAUGACGAAACUGGAAUGAUAUUAGAUUCAAUUUUUUGUUUAAGUUCAUUAAUUUUUCAAAGAUCUGCUCCGGAUAAAAUUGAUCCUUCAAUACCAGUUAAGUAUUAUCAUCAAAGUAUUAGAUCAAUAAGAUAUUAUUUAAGCAUACCAGGAAUUGAAGAUAAUGAUAAAGGGAUUUUUUCAAGAUGUUUAUUGAGUACAAUUAUAUUAUGUGUUUAUGAAUUAUUUUUUGUUGCCGUUGAUAGUACUUAUAUUAAAGGAGCCUCAAGUAUAUUAUCAACAAUAUUAUCGAAAAAUAAAAAUGAAAGUAUAUUGAAAAAUUCCCCAUUUCAUCAAACAUGUUUUUGGGCAAUGUUUUUCAGUGAUUUGAUUUUAUCAUUAAAAUAUGAUUUACCGAGUAUGUAUUCAAGUGAUAAAUUUUGGAAACCAUUGGAUCCCGAAUAUUUUGAAAAAUAUAAUAGACCUAAAAUGGCAAAAUUAAAUUAUGAUAAAUAUAUAUCUGAUUUAACAUUAAAUAAAGAAGAUACGAUUUGGUGGUUAUAUAAAUCAUUACUUAAUUAUAGUUCAAUUAAUGAAUUUAAUAAUCAAGUGGAAGUUAUAACAAAACAAGAUUUUGAAAACAAUACUCCAUUUAAAGAAUGGUUAAAAUUAAAGUCAAAAUUGGAUGAAUUUGAAAGUUAUAUGCCAUUAAAUUUAAAACCAACAAUAUAUAAACCAAGUUCAAAUACUAGAGUUUUCCCAAUCAUUUUUUUCAAAGAUGAAAUGACGGCCGUUUUAGUAUUAAAUUAUAAAUUAUCCAAAAUUGCUUUAUAUGAAGCCUUAAUUCUGAAACCAAAUCAAAAUGAUGAUUUAGUUAAAAAUCAAAUUGCAAAUUACCCUCCUGAUUAUCGUCAAAAAAUUGCAAAAGAUAUUAUUGGUAUCUUAAUGACUUAUGAUUCAAAUAUUAACGUUUGGUCCGUAAACGUUCAUACUUUAAGACAAUUGGCUAAAUACGUAGGUAAAGAUCCGGAAACUCAUAAAGGUUGGCAGAAUUUAGUUGAAAGAGUUAUACGACUGAUUCAUCUUCGAUUCGAAGUUCAUCAAUAA